GCAUAAUACUCGUUUAUGUAUAAAAGUUUCAAUUUCAUACAUUUUCUUCGUAAUAUAUGUAUAAUAUGUCGGUGAGUAAAAAACAUAAAAUCUCGGAUGAAAGUCGCGUUUUUCGAGAAAAAUGGUCAAUAAUUAUUUUUUUAUUCGAGUUAAAAGAAAAGGCAAUAUGUUUGAUUUGUCAAGAAUCGAUUGCAGUGAGAGUACAAUUUAAAGCGACAUUAUUGUACCAAACUGCAGCAAAAUAUGAUAUGAUACAAGGACAACUUCGAAUUGAUAAACUUGCAUUGUUAAUGAAAAAUAUACAAGAUUUCAAUAUCAAUACAUAUUUUGAUGGACAGACGUUUUGGAUCUGGAAUUUAGUCAUAGCAUGGCCGUGAUUUCGGUUUUCCGUCAUCUCAC